AUGGAGGGUCUCGAAGCGUGUAUCGGACAGAGUCACGAAGUGAUGACCACUCCAGCAGCAGAGUUAGCGGCAUUCAGAGCACGCAAAGUGGCUCUGAUAACUGGAAUUUCUGGACAGGAUGGCUCCUACCUUGCCGAACUUCUUCUCUCCAAGGGAUACAAAGUUCAUGGAAUCAUCCGUCGUUCGUCUUCUUUCAACACCGCCCGUAUCGAACAUCUCUACAGUAAUCCAAUGACUCACAAUGGAGAUUCUUCGUUCUCUCUUCAUUACGGAGAUAUGACCGAUUCGUCGUGUUUGAUCAAGUUGAUUUCGACGAUUGAGCCAACUGAGGUAUACCAUUUGGCUGCUCAGUCCCAUGUCAAAGUCUCUUUUGAUCUUCCUGAAUACACUGCUGAAGUAGAUGCCGUCGGAACUCUUCGUCUUCUCGACGCCAUCCACGCGUGUCGUCUCACCGAAAAAGUGCGUUUCUAUCAAGCGUCGACAUCGGAGUUGUACGGAAAAGUACAAGAGAUUCCACAAAGUGAAAAGACUCCGUUCUAUCCAAGAUCACCGUAUGCUGUUGCUAAAAUGUAUGGAUACUGGAUUGUUGUCAACUACCGAGAGGCUUAUAAAAUGUUCGCAUGCAAUGGAAUUCUCUUCAAUCAUGAGAGUCCGCGUAGAGGUGAGACCUUCGUAACCCGUAAGAUCACUCGCUCCGUCGCCAAAAUCAGUCUUGGUCAACAAGAAUCGAUUGAACUCGGAAAUCUGAGUGCUCUUCGUGAUUGGGGACACGCCCGAGAGUACGUCGAAGCAAUGUGGAGAAUUCUUCAACACGAUGCACCAGAUGACUUUGUGAUUGCGACUGGAAAACAGUUCAGUGUCAGAGAAUUCUGCAAUUUGGCAUUCGCUGAAAUCGGAGAAGUAUUGGAAUGGGAAGGAGAAGGUGUUGAGGAAGUGGGAAAGAAUAAGGAUGGAAUUGUGAGAGUCAAAGUGUCACCAAAGUAUUAUAGACCAACUGAGGUUGAGACGCUUUUGGGUAACCCAGAAAAGGCGAAGAAGACGCUCGGAUGGGAGGCAAAGGUUACUGUACCGGAGCUCGUUAAAGAGAUGGUCGCCAGUGAUAUUGCACUCAUGAAGGCCAACCCAAUGGCUUAA